GAGGCGGGAAACUCGUUUGGGCUGUAUAUAAGCAGUUAAGCGUGGUUUUUUUUGUAUCAGUGUCACCCUCCAAUGACUCUGCCUGAUCGGGCGACAGCAAGAGCGAACACAAAGCGCACCGUGACCAGAGAUCCGUGCUGGUGCGUGGUGUGGACUUGAUCGGCAGUGACCUGGAGGGGAAACCCCAGCCCCUGCAGCUGCCAGACAAGGACAGAGACCCAUGCUGCCGCCACCUCACAGAGCGCUGUCCGUCCGUUGUGGUGCUGAACCGCAGGACUCGACCCUUCAACCGGUGACGUAGAGCUGAGACUUAUUCAAGAAACACAAGACUCAAGCUAAAAAAACAACAACAUUAGGCUGUAUAUAUAUGAAUUUGAAGCAAGUUAAAAACAAAGAAGAACCAGAAAACUCAGAGAAGAAGUUGCUGGACAUUCCCCCUGCCCUCGGCGUCAAUCCGGCGGUCUGAGCACAGCAGCGCGAACCCAGCGGAGCCUACGUAGAUGCGGAGAGUGAACAGAGGCUUUCGAUCAGUGAGUGGCCAUUGACGGUUCGUUGCGCGUGGACUGGAGCGCGGCCGGCUCCCUGUCUGACCUCGCGCUUUUGGGGAGCACGCGGACCUGCUUGGCGCGCAGACUGAUUCUGACAGCACCUUUGAGCGCACUGGACUUCAGCGAGGUGAAUGUUGAUGACACCAUUGAAAUGUUACCAAAAUCAAGAAGAGCUCUCACCAUUCAAGAGAUUGCUGCAUUAGCGCGAUCUUCCCUACAUGGUAUUUCACAGGUAGUGAAGGACCAUGUGACAAAGCCUACAGCCAUGGCUCAGGGCAGAGUGGCCCACUUGAUAGAGUGGAAAGGCUGGUGUAAGCCUAUGGACACUCCUGCAGCCCUGGAAUCCGACUUCAACUCUUAUUCUGACCUUACUGAGGGAGAGCAGGAGGCACGCUUCGCUGCAGGUGUGGCAGAGCAGUUUGCCAUAGCCGAGGCUAAGCUGAGGGCCUGGUCCUCUGUGGACGGCGACGAAUCUAACGAUGACUCAUAUGACGAGGACUUUCUGCCAUCCAACGAGCCCACCACACAGAGCACAGAUGUGUUAUCAUAUCCGCCAUACUUGAAGGACCUGAUCCACAGCCAGCUUUGCCAACACCUCGGCCUGCGAGGGCCCUGUUGCGAGGGUGGAGGAGGCGGAGAGGGAGGUGGCAGCGGAGAGCCCUCCCCCACGGUAGGCUCCCCGGACACCUUGUGCUCCAGCCUCUGCAGCCUGGACGAGCACCACCCCCUUCUGCGUGACCUGGGCGGCCACCGUGGCACCCACUCCUACAGCAAUGCCGCCGAGCUCGCGGCCAAGAUCCUGUCGGCGCUGCAGGGAGGGGAGGAGCUGCUGCUGGCCCGACUUCAGAGGGCAGGGCAGAGCGGGCGCGGUGGGGGGGACAGCGGCUUCCAUAGCCUUGGCGGGGGAGGGCGGGGCAUCAGGCCCUGCGGGGGUCAGGACUCUCCUUGCUACUCCAGAUCUUACUCUGAGACGUACCUGUCACCCGGCGAGGAUGACGACACCCCCUGCAAGGACUAUGAGAGCACUGUGUGCCAGGCAGACGGCAGCGGUGUGGAGUACCCACCUGACUACGACCCACACAGGAGGGUCUCUGAUGUGGCCUCCUCUGGGGUUGUGUCUCUUGAUGAGGAGGAUGAAGAGGAGGAAGAGAGGGCAGGAGAGCCAAACAACCAAUGACUUCUCUCAUCUCACCUCAGUGUUUAAUCCCUCCAAGCUCUUUGGAGGGUUUUCUCUUUUGCAACAACUUCCCCUCUCCUCCAUGGCGUCUCUGAACCUCUGUGCAUGCUGUUUUUUUCCCUCUCUGACUGAAGCAUAAAUCAUCCGUCUUUGCCUUACUUGCAGCAUUUCAAAUCCUCCUUACCACCUCGUGACUGCUUUGUCCCCAUUCGAUGUAUCAACUUUUAUUUUCUUUGAAGGCGUCCAAACAAUCUUUUUUAUCAUUGUAAAACAGGAGUGCUGGAUGUGAAGUGAUGUACUCGUGGAAGUGACGCACACAGUUUCCGGCUCUGUCCCUACCUGCGUAGCGACUGUAAAAACUGACGCCACCAUCAAGCAGACAGACUGACAUGACUGAGUCCAAAACUCUGACUUAUCUUUGCAUGUGUUUUGCAAGUGCUGAAAUCGAUGGGCUGACCUGGCCCUGAGCGCGGUUUGCAAUCUCAGCUGUUCUGUAUAACCCCCUCCCACCUCCCCAGCAUCUCCCAUGGGAGGGAGGGUUGGCACCGAUCCUGGGACCUGCCCUUACCUCCCUGUCCUCCCACCCUCUCCCCUCCUUUGCAAGACACAAAAUAGCAUCCUUUUGGGCAUGGCUUGCUGAGUAUGCCAAACUAUUUAACCCUGUCACUACCAAUUAUGAGCAUAUGCUGGAAUGUCUUCAAAGUGACAGGAGAUAGUAUGUAUUUUAAAAUUACAAAGUUUAAAAAAGAAAAAGAGAAAUGAUAUGCUUUUAUUGUACUAGUUUUCUAUCACUCAAACAUGUUGUUGUUCAUAGUUCCAAACAUCAUUAUGAUGGACAUCUGCCAUAAUGAUCAACUAUAGCUACUGGAUAUUUUUGUGGUCCUGUGGAUUCCUGCAUGGGUCUUCCAUGCAGGAAUCCACACAAGAUCCUACCGAGAACUUUGGUUGUCUUAAAAAAAAAUACACAGCAGCAGCAGAAGCAGCAGCAGAAGCAGCAGCGACGACAACAAACGCUGACAGAAUGUUUCUGAAGUGACCAUUUGGCGAUAGUUGUUGGGCAGAAAAUGGCACAGGUGGAAAAGAGUUUUUUUCUGUGAAGAGAUGAGUUGCAUUGGAGAUUUUCUAUAUUUUUGUAUGCGUCGUCUUGCUUUGAUCUCUUUGCCUAUAUGGCGUGCCAGUGUAUGUGUUUUUUUGCACGAAGCUAAUGUGGCUGUAGAUACAAUACAAAUGUGAAAAAAGUUUUUAUUUUAUUUUAUUAUUACUGUAAAAGAGGAUACUGUGAUAUGGUUUGUUUUGGCAUCUGUCAUGAUCCUCAAAAAGAGCCUGUUGUUUUCUUUUCAAACAUGUUUAACUGCUCUUCUUUCUUUCCUCUAAUACUGACUCCUGCAAAGCUUUGCCUUUUAUUCUAUACUUUCUCUUCUUAUUUAUGAUAUUUGCAAAAUGGCAUGUUUAUGUGCGCAUGCAGAAACCUCCUGCAUCUCCAUGGUGAUAUGAGGAGCUCUGUUGAGGUUCUCCCAGAGGGACUGGCAUUCACACAACUCAGGAAAUCCCAUUGGACCAGAGCAUCAAUGCAUCCUACCCGCACGCACAACGCUACUUCUCUCUCAUCCUCAGUGUGUGUGCUUGUGUGUGUGCAUUUGUGUGUGUUUGUGUAGAAAAAGCCUGGUGUGCGUAGUUAUUUUCUACAAAUAAUUAAAGCACAUUCAGUCCCCACAUCCUUCUUUAAUGUUGUUUGACUGUUUAGAAAAGCCUCAACGUGAGAGUCUGUAUGUUUGACGUUUUGUGCAAAUGUGUGUGUUUGUGUGUGUGUGUGGCUGUAUUGUAUGAUGUCAGUAAGCUCCUUAAGCUUGCACUGUAUAUCCAUUCCGAAACCCCUCCAAUGUAGUGAUUCCCUUUAAAACAGUGUUUGGUGUAGCUGAGCUCUCAUUGGAGGUUGAAUUUUUACUGAUGCUGGAGAUAAAAAAAAAAGCAUACAGUAGAUACAUCUGAAAAUUGUUUUGAAAAUACAGACUGGAUGACAUUGCUAACUUAACUAAAAACUACAUAAAAAGGAGGAGUCCCAGUCAGGAUAAUUACAUAACAACUCAGGGGGAACCAUUGAAGCUGUGCCUUUCAUUCCUCACCUUUGACCUCCCAAGUUGUUCCAUCAUCAUCAUCAUCAUCAUCAUCAUCAUCAUCAUCAUCAUCAUCAUCAUAACAUCUUCCCUGCUGUCACUCCAGCCAUAGCUUGGCUUCCUUUCUCUUCUCCCUUUUUUAAAAUAAGUGCAGAGUAAAACCCUUCUCAAAUCUGAUCAACAGAGGCACCAAAUAUCCUGUUGCACUGACUGUGUGUAUUCACAUAUACAGCGGGCCGGUUUACGUCAUUGUCCUUUUGGUUGACAUUAAAAGCCGGCCGAUGCUGGCGAGGCGAGGUUGUGCUUUUGUCCUGGCGCGGUGACGAGAGCGUGCUAUUGUUCUCCGCCCUCCCCCAUCCUCUAUUUAUCAGCUUGCUCUGUCCACCACGGUGCAUUUGCUCUGUCUGUCUUUCUGAGUGUCCUCCACCCUCUCCCCGAGCAGUGUGUGUGAACAGUGUGUGUGUGUGUGUGAGAUGGUAUGUGUGUGUGCAACUGUGUGUGUGUGAGAGAGAAGACGGGCACCUUGGUGUGAUGCGUUUUUCAUUCACCCAGCUAUCUUGUUGUCUCUCUCACAUCGACAUGCAUGUGUUUUUAAAUGUCUGAGGACCAUGACCACAUUCCUUCAUCCAGUCUUGACCUUUACCCUAACCCCAUCCUAAACCUAAUCUGAACCCUAAAUCCAAAUCCUAAUCCCUUCGUCGAAGUGGCACAUUUCUUCAUCUUUCUAUCCUUGUGAGAACAUUUUGUCCUGAUAAGAAUAGAAAUAUUAGAGUACCCGCUGACAUACACACACAGACAGCCUGAUGAAUGUCUCCCCUCUCCAUCCUUCUGUCACUGUCCUGUCUUUUCCUUUCCCCCUUUGUCUCAGUCCUUUCCUCUUUGCCUCCACCCUUCCCUCCUCUUGUUCUUUCCCUCCCACCUUCCAUCUAUCCCCACAGGGGGCUCAUUACGUAACCAAGAGGACAUCUGAGUGCUACCUUUGCCGACAGGCAAUUAGCCUGCGAUUAUAAAACCGCCUGAUGAACAGGAGAUGCGUAUCGCUCUCCUGUCUGUCUUUUUAUUUCACCCUUGAGUCUUUUUCCCCUUCACUCCAUCUGCACCCUCCGUUCCCUUUCUCUCCACCUACUCCUCACCACCACAUCUUUUGAGGAUAGCUGUCCCAGAAAAACUCCUAGCGGUUUGUGGAAAGCAAUGGGUGAUCAAGGGAAGUGUUCCUCGCUCUCUGUUCGGAAGCGAUUCAUAUUUCAUAGCGCAAUAACAGAAGAGCACCCAGCUGUCCUUAAUUGAGACAGAUGUCUUUAGGGUGACACAUGUUUCUUUCUGUGCGAGUGUGUGUGUGUGUGUCUCUGGGCAGUGUAGUUUGUUGCUUCAGGCAAGCACUGACAUUGGAUACUUAUCAGAGAGAAGUGCUCCAGAAUAUCUCUCUGUGAGUGUGUGUGUGUGUGAUAGUGGUAGGAGAACCCAGCGCUAUAAAAAGACAUCAAAACAAGCAUCUGUCGGACAGUGUAAAGGCAGGAGGGCGUAUGAAUAUUCCGUUCAGCCCCUGUCACCCUAUAGCCUACUUACCAUCUAAGAACAAAGCUGAAGGGCCUGGGGACCGCUCUCACCACACCACUGGGCCCCAUCGGUGAAUAUUAGGACAAAACUUGUGAACACAACUAGGACUGUGAAAACUGCUGUAGGACCUGAGUUUAGAUCAUCUUCACAGAGAGAGAUGGUCUGUGUUUAACCCACAUUAGCCUCCACCGUCUUAAUUAAAACGUCCCACAAUCCUCGGGGGUGUUUGGGCACACACACACACACACACACACACACACACACACACACACACACACACACACACACACACACACACACACACACACAUAAUGAAAUGAGGCUUAUGAGAGUUCAGAGAGCAAAGCCAUACAACUCACCCAGCAGAGACAAAGACACUAUGAACUAACAGAGUAGAAAUAUAGAUGACCCAAAAUGAAUGUACUGUCCCAUCCACAUCCUAAGUCGGUUGCAUAUCAGCAUCAGUCAAACACACACACUCAACCUUCUCUUCCCUCUGAAAUCUCAAUCCUGUUUUCCUUUUUUUUCUACUUUCUAAUACUUUUCUUCCUGUUUUAGCUGAAUGUAAUUAUUUGAAUAGUGUCACCUUGGAUUUGAACAAUGAAUCUUUGUUUGCUGCAUCUGAUAUUAUUUUGAGUUAUUAAAAUAUUGUUAUUGUUCUUUGCAAAAAAUA